UGUCUGUAAACAGUGUACCAGUAGUGUGAUGGUGUCAGAAUCUAUACCUCUGUUGAGUACAUCAGAUGUCUGUAAACAGUGUACCAGUAGUGUGAUGGUGUCAGAAUCUAUACCUCUGUUGAGUACAUCAGAUGUCUGUAAACAGUGUACCAGUAGUGUGAUGGUGUCAGAAUCUAUACCUCUGUUGAGUACAUCAGAUGUCUGUAAACAGUGUACCAGUAGUGUACAUGUGAUGGUGUCAGAAUCUAUACCUCUGUUGAGUACAACAGACGUCUGUAAACAGUGUACCAGUAGUGUAAUGGUGUCAGAAUCUAUACCUCUGUCGAGUACAACAGAUGUCUGUAAACAGUGUACCAGUAGCGUGAUGGUGUCAGAAUCUAUACCUCUGUUGAGUACAACAGAUGUCUGUAAACAGUGUACCAGUAGAGUAAUGGUGUCAGAAUCUAUACCUCUGUUGAGUACAACAGAUGUCUGUAAACAGUGUACCAGUAGUGUACAUGUGAUGGUGUCAGAAUCUAUACCUCUGUUGAGUACAUCAGAUGUCUGUAAACAGUGUACCAGUAGUGUACAUGUGAUGGUGUCAGAAUCUAUACCUCUGUUGAGUACAACAGAUGUCUGUAAACAGUGUACCAGUAGUGUGAUGGUGUCAGAAUCUAUACCUCUGUUGAGUACAUCAGAUGUCUGUAAACAGUGUACCAGUAGUGUGAUGGUGUCAGAAUCUAUACCUCUGUUGAGUACAUCAGAUGUCUGUAAACAGUGUACCAGUAGUGUACAUGUGAUGGUGUCAGAAUCUAUACCUCUGUUGAGUACAUCAGAUGUCUGUAAACAGUGUACCAGUAGUGUACAUGUGAUGGUGUCAGAAUCUAUACCUCUGUUGAGUACAUCAGAUGUCUGUAAACAGUGUACCAGUAGUGUGAUGGUGUCAGAAUCUAUACCUCUGUUGAGUACAACAGAUGUCUGUAAACAGUGUACCAGUAGUGUGAUGGUGUCAGAAUCUAUACCUCUGUUGAGUACAACAGAUGUCUGUAAACAGUGUACCAGUAGUGUGAUGGUGUCAGAAUCUAUACCUCUGUUGAGUACAUCAGAUGUCUGUAAACAGUGUACCAGUAGUGUGAUGGUGUCAGAAUCUAUACCUCUGUUGAGUACAUCAGAUGUCUGUAAACAGUGUACCAGUAGUGUGAUGGUGUCAGAAUCUAUACCUCUGUUGAGUACAACAGAUGUCUGUAAACAGUGUACCAGUAGUGUACAUGUGAUGGUGUCAGAAUCUAUACCUGUGUUGUGUUAA